GGUUAAUGUUGUUGUCCAGCUCCAGAUUCUUUGAAAGAAUCGAAUAAAAAUCCGAUUCUGACUUCUUCACUUCGUCCUGUUUAUUUCAACUCACACAUCUUGUACAACUGAAUCUUCUAUUUUCCGUUUUUGUUUUCUGUUUUGUUUGUUAAUCCAAAAAUGAUGGAUUCGAAUAAUGGUUGUACAUCAACAUUAACAAAUGGACGUUUAACAAUGACAAAUAAUAAUAAUAAUAAUAAUAAUGUAUCAUUAACGAAUAAUAAUAAUAAUAAUAAUAACAUUAAUAAUAAUAAUAAUAAUAAUGGCCAAAAUUCGGAUCAAAAUCGUUCGACCAAUUUACCAUAUACAAUUGCUGGAAUUGUACAAUUUCUGCAAUAUGAAUGGCAAAAAUUUGAAUUACAUCGUCAACAAUGGGAGGUUGAAAAAUCUGAAUUACAAGCACGUAUAGCAUUAUUACAAGGUGAACGUAAAGGCCAAGAAAAUCUAAAAAAUGACUUGAUUCGAAGAAUAAAAAUGUUAGAAUAUUGUUUGAAACAAGAACGAACAAAAUUUCAUAAAUUAAAAUAUGGUACCGAACCAACUGAUCAUAUUAAUGAUACAACAGCCGAUGAAUUGAAUGAUUUACAAUUUGAACUUGAUGAUAAUAUCAAUAAUAAUAAUAAUAAUAAUAAUAAUGAUAAUACGGAUGGUGAUCAAAAGAAUUUAAGUUGGAAACAAGGUCGUCAAUUAUUACGUCUUUAUCUACAAGAAAUUGGCUAUACGGAUACAAUAAUCGAUGUACGUUCGAAUCGUGUACGAUCAUUAUUAGGAUUAUCGAUUAAUGAUCAAAUAACAAGUGAACAAGCUGUUACAAAAAUGAUUGGUUUAGAGAAAAAAAAUCAUCCAAAUCAAACAUCGACAACAAAUAAUAAUAAUAAUGAUAAUAGCAAUGAAUUAUCAACAUCAUCACCUGAUUAUAUUGAUUUUGUUCGUAGACGAAAUAAACAGAUUAAAAAUCAAACAAAUACAAUGAUUAAUGAUGCUGAAUCAAGUGUAUUGGCUACGUUUGAAUUUUUAAACAAUCAAAAUGAUCAUGAUUCAAUGUUGGAUAAGAUUGAUGUCGAUGAUGAAGAUGUAAUGGAUCAAUCAUUAGACACACAAGGUGGUGGUGGUGGUGAUCAUGGAUCAACAAUGAAUAAUAAUGAUGAAACUGAAGAAGUUUUAAAUGAAUUUGAUAUGAUACUCAAUAAUCGUAUGAUUGAUCCGAAUAAUCAACGUGAAAAUCAUUUUGAUUUAAGAUCAGCAUCGAAAAGAUCAACCGAUUGGAAUUGUUCGAAUCCAAAUCGUGAUCUAAUGCUUGGUGAAUUAGCAUCAUUAACCGAAACAGAUAAUGUGAUUGAUAAUUGCAAUGUUUCAAUCAAUAAUAAUAAUAAUAAUAAUACAGCAACAUCUGAAAUACGAAAAACGUGGAGCCAAAAAUAUAUUCUCAAAUCACAUUAUGAUUGUAUACGUUCAUUACGUUUUCAUUCAACUGAACCAUUAUUAAUAACAGCAUCGGAUGAUGAAACACUUAAAUUAUGGAAUAUUAAUAAAACACAGUCAACUAAAAAUAAACAACCAAUCAAUACGGUGAAUGCAAUCGAUCUAGAACCAAUUUAUACAUAUCGUGGCCAUUCAUCAAAAGUAUUAUCAUUAUGUUUGAAUGGAAAUCAAUUCUAUUCUGGAUCACAGAAUGGUGAAAUUAUUACAUGGUCAAUACCAAUGAAUAAUUUAUAUAUGGAUAUUUAUGAUCCAUAUGAUUAUAAAAUACAAUUAAAUACAAUAACCAAAGCUCAUAAUAAUGCCAUUUGGUCAUUAUCAUCAUUAACAUCAUCACAAUCACAAUUAAAUAUACUUUGUUCAUCAUCAUCGGAUAAAACGAUAAAAAUAUGGGAUACAGCACGUUCGAUUUGUUUGAAAACUAUUGAAACCGAAGAUAAAACGCCAACUGAUAUUGCUGUGAUUGGAUCGUUGAAUACAAAUCAAAAUGUUAGUUCAUCACCAUUAUUAAUCUGUGCUUAUAAUGAUGGUACGAUGGCCAUGUAUGAUAUUGAAGCUCAUUCCGGUGAUAUUGGUAAUUCAUCAUCAUCAUCAUCAGCCAAUCCAAUUUUGACAUUUGAAAAAUCAAAUGAUAAUAAUAAUGGUCGAAUUAAUUCGAUUGCUAUACAUCCAAUAAUGCCCGUUGUGAUUACAGCUCAUGAAGAUCGUUUUAUAAAACUUUGGGAUAUUAAUACCGGCAAAUGUAUACAUUCGAUGGUUGCUCAUCUGGAUGAAGUAACUUCAGUCGAUUGUGAUCCUAAUGGCUGGUAUAUUCUAAGUGGAAGCCAUGAUUGUAGUGUUCGUCUAUGGAAUUUUGAUAAUAAAAAUUGUGUACAGGAAAUAUCAUCACAUAGGAAAAAAUUUGAUGAAGCAAUUUUUGAUGUUACAUUUCAUCCAACAAAGCCUUAUUUUGCAUCAGCUGGUGCUGAUGGUUUGGCUAAAGUAUUUGUUUAGCUGUAAUUACAACAACAACAAUGAAAAAUCUGAUCCAAAUCAACGUUCAUCAUCACCACAAACAAAACAAAAAAGUUUUUGAAUCCUCAAACACACACACAUUCACAUUUUGUUUUCUCUCCUUCUUCUUCUUUAAAUUAGUUUAAAAACCAUUCACUCAUCACACAAACCAAUGCAAAACAUUUCUAUCAACCAAAAAAAAAAACAAUUCGUUUGUUUUCAAUUAAUUAAAAUGAUACUUAAAUUAUUUGAUUGAUUUUUUUGAAUUUUGAAAAAUACCCGCCACCACAAUAACAUCACCAACACGAAAACAAUCACAUUACUCAUUCAUCUAAAUACACCCAACCAACCAACCACCAUCAUUAUCAAAUUAUCUGUUUGUCCUUUUUCCCACCCGAAUAAUAAUAAUAAUCUGUGGU